AUGAUGUUUGAAGGCGACAUCCUGAAGCCUGCGUUAUUCCUGGGAGCGAUUACUGCAUGCUGCAAAAACGAGUUGUUGAUUGCGCUCGAGGCGAAUUUGACGUACAUCGCAACCGCCGGGGGCAUUGCAGGGGCUGGUCAAAUGGAGACGAUCGUCCGGUUCGAGAACCGAUACCUGUGGAGUGGGUUUAGCUAUAGUCGGGACCUCGUCUUCACAAUGGAUGAGCCGACAGCACAACAACUCAUCCAUCGAUGUAAAACCAUGAAGGAAGAAACGCCCCAUUUGGGCCUGCGAUCUAUUGAUGGUAUAUGUGUGUUGGAGUUUCUAGUGUCUUCGGAUGGAGGCUACCUAUCGUCCUGUACUAGGUACCAGGUCUCAAUUCUGGACGACCCGCCCGACUACCGGUUCCCGGAGCCACAUUUGCGGCGAGUUACGGCCGAGUGGGAACAAAGUAUGCACAAGUACAACUGGUUGAGUGCCGUGGCUUCCCUGUCUGCGGAAGUAACCCUCGUCCUUGAGGUGCACCGAGCAGGCUUGAACACGUUACGUCAGCAGUGUUCGACCACGGGGUCUUUGAUAAUGCUGUUGGAAUGCGUGGACCAAAUCUCGUCCGUUCGAUUGGAAUCGAAUAACACCCGUAUUUCAAUCGACAGCUUCCAAGCUCUGGCUAACCAGGUUGAGGAUGACGGAGCCGACGAAGUGGCUCACAGAUGGACUGUUAAACUCAAGGCAAAAGAGCUUUUGGCUGCCUUAAAGAUACUCAUAGAUCGCGCUGGCUCCAAGGACAAACUACUUCGGUCCUGGCUCGUUGACGGUCAAUACUUGCUUCUAUCUACUGACCUCGUCACCAACUUCGAUGAAGCACAGUUCUGCACCAUCAUCACCAGGCUCUGGGCAUGUGAACCGCCGCCAUGGGACGAAGUAGCUGACCCCUGA